AUGGCCCAGCCGAGACUUCGAGGCUGCUGUGAUAGCUGCACCAGAAGCAAGAUCAAAUGCAGUGGUGAAAUGCCUUCUUGCCAGCGAUGUCGGAUGCGAGGCCUGGACUGCGUAUACAGCAAAGCUCGGCGAGCUGGUCGUCCGCGCCUCAAGCCCAAACCAAGCAAAGCAUCAGUCACAUCUUGUGUGAACCGGGAACUACAAAACAAUCUCAUCCGUUGCCACGACCAAUCAGCCAAUGGCCUGCCAUAUCAGGAAACCGAAUCGUUGGUCUCACCAAACCCAGAUAUGCUUCUGUGCUCUCCAGACUCCCAGGACAUCGCAUUAUUGCUGCAUGAUCCUUGGACUUCAACAUCAUGUCCCAGCUCAGACGCCACAAAGCCGCCGAGCGUCUGCGACUUGGAUGGCUUAAUGUUGCAGGAUAUGCUGUUGAAUAACGCUGAAGGAUUUAGCUUGUCGUCUCCUAGGAGUCUGAAACAAGAAUGGACUCAAGGCAACGUUCCCAUUAGCGAUGAAUUAGAAGAUACAUGUCCAGGAUAUGGUGCAACUAGCGAGUAUCUGACCAGCCAUACUUUCUCAAGCCCACCAGGGCCUCACAAAGUCACGAGCCAGGAUACAGACAAAUCGAAUUGCCAUCUCUCAGAAGUCGAUAUGGAGAUCAACUUCAUCAUGGCCACUAUCACGGACAUCGCCAGUCGACCAAUUGAAACAUAUCACCUCGACGAUCACCCAUGCACAACCUCGUGGCCACAGCUACUGAGCAAAGCCCAGAUACUUAUGUAUAUCUCUGGGUCAGGAAACUCAUCUUCUCUACGUCUGGAUGCAGUACUACUAGUCUGUUGGGCAGCCGAGCAGGUGCAGAAGCGAAUUUCGGCAUGUCCAGUCUGUAUAGCUCGAAGCAUGGAACUGUCUAGCAUGCUGGCUUUACUGUACGACUGGAUCUCGUCUCAAAUUGCAGACGCUCUUGAGAAUCCUGCCAUGAUUCAGAACUGUUGUCUGAGAAUCGGCAAUUCGGUCGUGACAGGGCAAAAUGGCCUUAUCGGCACAUAUGAGCUCAUCAAAUACAGAAUCACGAGAGCGAUUCAUAUGAUAGAGAACAUAAACAGCACAGUCUCUACCAUGGGAGAGGGGGAUAAGGGUCAAGUAUAUGGAAUGGCCCGACUUGUGCUCGAAGUGGCUGAGAGUCGAUUAGAAGCCAUCUCGGGAAUGAUAGAUCUUUUGGAAAGCGAGCAGUUCUGCAGUAUAUAG